AUUGAUUGGCGACGGCUCGGGAAAGGCCUCGGAAAGUGGGAGGGGCCAGCGAGGCGGCGGCGGCGGCGUACCCUUCGGCUGGGCUCGGAGACUGCGCGUGCGCCCAAAAGGCGUCCUUUGCUGUGCCGAGUUCGGGCUUUGGAGGGGGGGGGGGGGGGACCAACCGCUCGCGCCGGUUGCAAACGCUGCGCGCGGCGACCUUAGGAUGCCGUUGGGUUCAAAGGAAAGCCGUUGGGUUGACUGAGGAGGAGGAGGAGGAGGAGGAGGCGACGUCCAUUGCAAAUGAGGCUGGCCGUAGGGGUAGCCGAGGGCGCCGCCGCUCUUUGCUUGUAAAAAAAACAACAACCCAGGCUCGGGGCUGUGUGUUGGAUUGUUCUUCCUUCCUUCCUUCCUCGCCGAGCAAGUCCAGCAACCCGUAAAUUGUUUUGAAUAUGGAUGUAACAAUGAAAAAAGAUGAUCUCGUGAGGAUUAUUACAUUUACACCACCAUUGUACAAGCAACGUUACCAUUUUAUUAAGCAGUUGGUGAAUAAGCAUAAACCUAAAAAGGUAGCAGAUUUGGGAUGUGCUGAUUGUAGACUACUCUGGAUGCUGAAAUUCUGCAAUUGUAUUGAAGAACUAGUUGGGUUAGAUAUCAGUGAAGAAGCAAUGAAAGAAAACAUGUAUAUGUUGUCUCCCCUUCCUAGUGACUAUCUUCAGCCAAGUGAAAGACAGCUGACAGUCACGCUUCUUCAGGGCUCAGUUGCUCAGAAGGAUCCUUGUAUGCUGGGCUUCGAUAUGGUAACCUGCAUUGAACUAAUAGAACACUUAGAGGCAAAAGAUCUUGAGAAAUUUCCAGAAGUAGUAUUUGGCUUCAUGUCUCCAGCCAUGAUUGUAAUUAGCACACCAAACUCAGAAUUCAAUUAUUUACUUCAAACUGUAUCAUUAUUUAGACAUCCAGAUCAUAAGUUUGAAUGGAAUCGAACACAGUUUCAGAACUGGGCUGUAGAAGUUGCUGCUCGUUAUGAUUACACAGUAGAGUUUACUGGAGUAGGAGAACCACCUCAUGGGAAGGAUGUUGGAUUUUGUACACAAAUUGGAGUGUUUGUAAGAAAAAAACUAAGAAAUGUCGAACCUGACAGAUUUGAAGAAUAUCAGAGAAGAGUUUAUACAACGGUUUUCAAAAUCAUUUAUCCAAGCCUUAAAGAUGAAAAGUAUCUGCAGAAUGCAGUGGUCAAUGAGGUUUUUCGAGCAGCAGAAAUAAUUGCAAGGAAACAGCUGGACUAUACAAAAUCUGAAUGUAGAAAGCCCUGUGACACUCUUAUUGGAACAGAAUCCCAAUUUCAGCGAUCUAGUUUCCAGAUGUAUUUGGACGAUUUUCCUUUCUCUGAAGCCGAUAGUAAAAUUAUGCAGCCAAUGGCUAGGGGAGACGUUAUCUAUGUACCUCUUGCAAAAAUAUUUUCUCUCUCCAAAGUGAAUCAACUUUGUGGUACCUUUGAAAAACUCAGUAAGCUCAUAACUGGCAAGAUGACACUAAGCCACGACGGUUCUGCAGUGAUGAUUAAGGUGGAAUAUGAAGAUGAACCACAGGAUGGUGAUCAGAAUUAAAAAGAAUUCUUCCUGUCGUGAACAGAAUAGUCUAGUUAAUUGAAAUACUAGUAAUUGCUGGUUUAAAAUUGGGCUUAAAUACUAUAAUCAGAUGUGACAUUUUCACAUUAAAUUGGAUUAUAGAUUAUUGAGUAACUUCUUAGUGUCCAAGAGUGGCACUUAAAUUUUGUUUUUCACCCGAGGAAGGUGGCAUGUUUCUAAGAGGCCGUUGCCCACAAAGUGGAUGAGGUAAUGUUAUAUUAGUUAGCACUUAAGCGGAAAGGAGGGGGAAAUCUUCCUUUAAAAGUGUAACAAAAAAACAUUCAAACCCAAGUAAGCAAUACAACCUUUCAAAUAAUUGGAAGCAGAGCGAGAGUGACAUUUAUUCAGCCAUGUUACUACGUAACUCUGAAUAAGAAUGCAUGUGAAAAAAUCACAAAGCAAAAAAAGUUAUUGAAACAAAAGUUUAAAAAUGAUUUUCCUAAUUUUAAUACUAGAAAAAGUAAAGUUUAAGGAGUUUUGUAGUGAAAAUAUAGAGAUCGCUGUACAAAAGAUCAUUAUAUUAAGUACUUAAUAAACCCCUGUAAUCAUG